AUGCCUGUGGAAUAGAUUCAGGUUUAGAAGAUUAUCCAUAUGCAUUAUUUGUUAGUCAUGUUUCAGAAUAUGUCGAAUUUUAUGUGUAAAAUAAUGUCCAACAAUAGAAACUUUAGUAUUGGAAUGUGCUCCAAAUACUUAGAUACCUAGUUGCUAAAAAUCAAAAUACUGUGUUAUACCCUAAAAAAAGGGUUAGUUGUUAUGACUUCUUUGAAUUUAAAGAGAAUGUUUUUAUGCAAACCUCAUUAGAAUAUUAUUAAAGAGUAAAAGAUUUUUCAUCCCUUGGAAUAAUAGGGAUAAUUAUUAAUUAUGUAAUGAAAAC